UUGGAGAGGCCUCACCGCCGUUCUUAUCAGUUAUCCAGUCAUAAAACGACGAUAACGUUCGUGGUUUGUAGGGUCUCUGUUGCGUCCGAUACCUGAGUGCAGUGACGCAGAUCGAGUCAGCAAAAGGUAGCCCUAGAGAGGCAAACACCCAGAAUUCACAACGACCUAGAUGCAACGCGGAGCGGGACACCGGCUGAGCGAUGUUCAAAAUCGAAUCCUACGUCACGCCCAUCAUCCUUAGCUACGUGGAAAAGUAUGUGAAGAAUGUGCGCCCCGAGGACUCGCAGGUGUCACUGUGGGGUGGCGAGGUGGUCUUCCAGAACCUUGACCUUAAACUGGACGUGCUGGAGGAGGAGCUGCAGCUGCCGUUCAACUUUCUGUCGGGUCACAUCCACGAGCUAUCGAUCCGGGUGCCGUGGACGAAGAUCGCCUCCGAGCCCAUCGUGAUCACGAUUAACACGAUCGAGUUCGUGCUGAAAUUGCGCGACCCCAACGACCGGACCGUGCCGAAAAGGGAACCGCCCCGAAAGGGUAAAAGUGUGGACGAAGUGCCGCCACCGGGCUACACGGCGUCGUUGAUCAGCAAAAUUGCCAACAACAUCACAAUCCGAUGCCACAACGUGAUCCUGAAGUACGUCGAAGAGGAUAUCGUCGUCUCGAUGAACAUUCAGCAACUGUCGAUGGAAUCGGCCGAUGCGAACUGGAAUGCGGCCUUCAUCGAUCUGUCCCCGACUAAGGUUUCGCUGCGGAAGUUGAUCAACAUCGUGGAUUUGACGAUCUGCUUGGAUAAACGGAAUUCGGCGGGUAAAAUCGAGGUCUGCCAGGAACCGGUGCUCUACCGAAGUACGUUGCAGGUGCGGAUGCUGGUGCGGUACAACGUGUCCUCGCAGGACCGGUCCUCGCUGACGCGCAUCGAUGUGCACUCGAACUUUCUCGACAUCAACGUGUCCUCGCAGCAGUUCCCGAUGCUGAUGCGUCUAUUCGACCUGGCGCUGGCGCUAAAGCAGGGUAAGAUAAACGUGGAACCACCCCAGCCCACCACCGACGGAGGCCAUGAACUGGAGGAGGGGUCGGGCCAGGAGUCGCUGCUCUCGUGGGCCUGGAAUCUGCUGCCUUCGUUCUUUCCGGAGGAAAAUGAAAGCGACCAUUCGGAGGAACAUGACUUUCGGGUGCUGCACGCAGGCAUGUACGUCGAUCGGUUGCGGAUGAUCUUCAAAACGCAGGAACUAAUCGGUGACGGAAUCGUUGGGACGCAGAAGAAGAUCAAGUACACGCCUAUCCUGCGAUUCGAUUUUCAGGACUUUUACGGCGAGAUGGUCGCUUGCGGAAUGAAAUGGUUCAACGUAACGCUUGGCAUUUCACACAUCCAGCUGCAAUCCAUGGAUGACUGUACGUGCGGCCAGCGAGCCACGGUGAAGGAGCUUUUCGAAUCGACGGCACCGGUGCCAUCGGCCGAUGAGUGUUUACAUCUACAGCACUCGUUCUUCAGCAACAGUGCCGGUGGUAGCGCUGGUCGGAAGUAUAACGUUAACUGGAACUACCAUCUCAGCACCUAUAGCCAGGAAUACCUACUGCAAAAAUCGCCCGCCAUUGCCAUCGAUCUCAUUCACGAGGUGCAGUUACCGGACGAUCGGCGUACGUCGGAGUUCGGGAGUGAUUUAGAGUUCAGCAAUCUCGCUGAAAAGUAUAUGAUCCGGGUGUACGUCGGUCGGUUCCGAGCAGCACUGUGUGCCGAUGCCAUUCACCGUCUGCAAACGCUGGCUUCCUAUCGGAAUUGUUACGAGUAUCCACCGUACUAUGAGGAUAGGCCGAUGCCAACGCUGGCACAACUACCACCACCUUCUGCCGAAGAUUACGAUGCACUGAUGAGCGAAAUCCCUCUGCGACAGAUUCACAUUACGCUGCAAAAUCCAACGAUCGAGUUACGGGCCUUUGACCACGCACCGGUGACACUAGUUCCACGUAAACCAUCGGCAACGGCAUCUUCGUUACCGAUCAUACGAGUGGAGCUGAGUCGUGCCGAGUGCAACAUUCUAACGCCACUCUACCCGAACCGUUUGGUUUACACCACUUGCCAGCUUCCGGAACCACCAGCCAAACUGUUUGAUGCUUGCUAUCAAUCGAUUUCGGGCAACCUAGAACGGAUGCAGGCUAAUUUGAUUCAUCCGCGGGGCGAAUCCAAAUCAAACAUAUGCACGGCAGUCAGCAUGAACUACCAGCAACGGUUGCUAAUACAUCCUAGCCUUUGGCCGAAUGCCGAGCUGAACAAAGCGGAACAUACUGUCACCAUUACCGAUUUGAAGUUUAUCAUGAACCCAUUGCAAGCGCUCACCCUCGGUACCGUCGUGCAGUCGCUGGUGGCGCAACAAGAUGCUACGCGACAGUGGAUUGAGCUAGAUAACAUUCCAGAUGAUACGCUACCGCAACAACAACUCCCCGUUGUGGACAUGUUGCUUUCAUACGUCCAGCUUCGCAAGGUGGAGGCCGAAAGCACGGAAGUUUACAAGCUGGUGGCCCGUAGCAUGAAAUUGCUCACAUGUCAACAGCCAGCUGCCGGUGGUGGUCAAAGAUCACUUACCGCACUCUGGCCUGAUCACUCCACGGAUGAGGACUUUCUUACCGUAAUAUUCCAGAUUCCUAAAUCCUUCGAUACCGCCAGUUGUAUCGAACAUCCACCCUUGCUGUAUGCUAAGCUGCUCGAUCUGAGCUUCAAUUUGGAUCCCAACUUCAUCGCCUUUCUAUCCGGCUGGCAGCUAUUGGCGAUGCAAACUGCGCACCGACACCUACAGCGUGGCCAACGUACCCAACGGUGUGCGAGUAACAUGGCCAAACCAUCGACGAUGACCGGUACGCUGGCCAAAGGAUUAAACGCGAAGCAACACUCUCUACCGGGCACUUCCGUCCAUUCGAGCACGGAUAAGGCUAGUCGACCCGUUGCUGAUCCCGUUGGUCCGGUACCAGGGCCCAGCUCCACGGUCGGCGGGUUAGACGAAGUCGAUCAAAAGAACAGUACCGACGGAACUUUACCUAGCGAUAACGAUCAGACUCGAGCACUGAAUGACCAGUUUUGGACGAAGCUGGCCAAAAAGAUCAUCAUCCAUCUGGAGAUAAGCCAUUUUACGGUUUGCUUUCCGGUGAGGAACAUUAUUUUCCAUUCCAACGAUACACCGACGGAGGAUGAGUUCGGGGAAAAUGAAAUCUUUAUGCUCAAACUGCCGCUGAUCACCGUUAAUUCUGCGUUCAAGUGUCAAAGCCUCUCGAGCUCGCUCGCACGCUUUCCGAUUAGCAUUCCGAAGGUAAUUUGGCCAGAGGAGAAGGAAAGCUUUCCGUGGACCAUCUCGCUAGCGAAUGCAUCCAGCUGGACGUAUCAGAAUGGGGAGAUGAACAAGCUGCUUGACGAAACGACGACCAACAUUUCGAUGGUGCUCAACUUCCCCGCUGAUACUGAAACUAAGAACCGGUCGGGUCCCUCCUCGAUUUGCUUCCACGUCGAUACAUCGCCCUUCCGUGUGACAGUCGUGAAAGAACAACUGGCUCUCAUACACGAUACGCUCGAUCGCUUGAUGAACCUUCCUAUGUUACAGCAUCGAACCAUCACGAACUCUGCCAGCUCGUCAUCUAGCGCUGCAGGUGGAAAGCCAGCGGACACGAACCGACAGUUCCUCGAGAUAGCACAACCUUCCGUUGCUGGUAGUUCGAUUGCUGCGGUUGAUUUGAAAGAGUUUCUCGAUCUAACGCACCACUCAAGUGCCGGUGGCUCAGACGAAACUCUGAAAGAUAGCUCAACAGCCCGUGGGGAACCGAGGCCCCGACCCUCACUCUGGUUACAGUGGACCUUCUCACGGUUAACGGUGAAUUGCAUAACGCGUGAUGAACAACGACAGCAGCGCAUCAAACUGACGAUCGAGUUCGAGGACAUAAUUUAUUCACUCGAUCAGCAGGAGGUGUACUCGCAGGUAAAAGCGAAAGUUGGCUCCAUGAGUGGGGCUUGCUAUGAGUGGCACGGCACAGGAAAGGAACAAAGCUGGUGCCGCAACGAAGCACUGGCAAUCGCAGUACAGACGGGUGAUUCGAGCGAAUCGGGCAAAUCCACCGGCACCGAUACGUUUUUCAGCUUGACGAUCACGCGAGCGGAAACGCAGAAUGUGCACUCGAAAUGGGACACGGUGCGCCGGUCUCGGGAACACAAUGAAACGCUGGUGGAGGUGCUGAUUAAGAUGGAGCAGGUUGAUCUACGGUUGGAUUUGGAUUUACUGGGAGAAUGUUUGAAGAUGUUCCAAGCAUUCUGUCCCACGGUGAGGAGCGUACAGGGUGACAUAACGGCAGCAGAACCCAUUGCACCACCCAUGGUAGCGGUCAAGGACUUACCGCUUAUCCUGUUUGCCAGCAAGGGCGUGACGGUGUUUCUACCUCUACGCAAUGGUCCUACGAUUGAUGGGAAUCCCUGCUCCGUGUACAUCCUUAAAGUGAGCUCCAUCACGGUGCAUCACAAUGUGGAGAAUCCGAUCUGCCGAGUACCGCUACGUCCGGACGUGUAUACGAAAGCGGCGCAGAUGCGCAUUUUGAACGUUCCCGGUUCCAAGAUCGAGGAUCGCCAGUACGAGCUGCUGCUGAAGGAAAUCUCUCUCAGCACCGCUGACUGGGAGGAUGUGUUGCGGUAUUUGCAGGAGCAGCAAUCAUCUUCCACUCACCACGACAAUCCGGCCUUCGAGUGGAACAACUUCCAGCAGGGUGCACAACGCUCCGCAGCCCACUUUGCGGCCGAAACGGUGUUUGAGGAAUUUAACUUUUCCAUCAUCUACGCACCGUGCAUCAUCUACAAGAACGUACUGAUUUGUAGCGUCGCGAUGGAACUGAACUGCCUGUCCGAUCUACUGAUAGAUGUCGAAAUCGAACAAUUCCGGUUGUUGGAACGACUGUUACGCAAAGCUUCCCAAAUCCGGUUGCUCGUGUUUCCUGACCAGCCGCCCACGAUGCCUCCUCCGGCUUCCAUUUCAAGCUCGUCCUCCUCAACCGUUGCGGCAACUGUGGUGCCUCGGAGUAAUGAAAGCUUUAUUGCCGAGACCAACACCGAUGAUGCUAGUGGGAGAGAUUCUGUUAAAUCGUUCCGCGAUUCUGUCCCUUCCUGCACUCGGUAUCAUCGUCGCAGCCACUCGAAGCUAUCGAAGUGUGAGCAAGACUCCGGAUUGGAGUCGUACCGUACGUCGGAGGGUAAACGAGCCACAUCGAGUAGCAGCCGGCGCAGCUAUGGUCAACGCCAACGUAAACUCUCUUCACUAUCGUCUGAAAGCAAUCCAGCACUCCGUCCAGCGAUUGGCUAUGCCGGAAGUCGUAUCGGUGGCCCAUACCAGGUCCAUCAACCGGCGCUUAUCAUCCCGUACGAAGUGUGUUUUCUAGGAGGUUAUUUUAAGGUGCGGCUCUUCAUGAAAAGUCUGUAUACGGGUCCCACGGUACAGAUGGCGUUUGCACAACCGAAUGCGCUCGUAUCGUUAAACCUGUUCGAGCGUGUACUCCAGUUGUCAUUGUUCGAUAUAAAGAUCGAAGUGGACGAGCUGCCGAUCCUUGGAACAGUCACUGGGGAACCGGAUGAGCUGGGCAUACCGCAACCGUUCGUGAAAACACGUUUCGUCAACUCGAACACCAAGAAGGUGCGCGAGUUGAGGGUUGAUUUCAAACGGCCAAUCAACAUUUUGCUUUCGCAUACGAAAACCAAGGCUCUGCUCGAGCUUGCUAAUCUACUCGGAGAGGUGUUUAACACAACGGAUGCUCCCGGACCAUCAUCCGAUUUGAACCCACCGAAACCGGUACUCCCGAGUCGGAACAAGUUCCAUAUCCUUCGUUCGCAGCUGUACGAUAUGGAAAAGAUUCAGAUCGGUCUUUCGCAAGUAAUGCUGCAUCUGAAGAACGAAGACGUACAACCGGGAACGGCAGGGCCGCAGUAUAGUAUGAAGCUAUCCUGCUCUUCGGUGCAAACCUCGAUCCGUAUCCAGGAACGUCCGGAGCGUAUUCUUUUCGGUCUGGAGAUGGGUGAACUGAUGCUUACCGCCGGCAACUUCGUCAUACUCCAUCCCUUCUCGUUCGAUGUUCAGCUGACGAUAGCUAAGGAGUAUUGGAAACGGGAUCCGCUGGUGCAGAUCAAACUACGAUCCUCAUACCUACAGCUCGACAUAACCCCGUCGCUUUUCCAGCAAGUUACAAUUAUCCGACAGCAAAUGGAACCACUCUUCGGGGAGAAUAGUGCACCGGAGUCGGCCAAAAGGUCAGUCAGUCACGAUGCUAUGAGUGCAUGCCCAUUCGUUGACCACCUUAUACCGAUCGUACCGCCACGGUUUGAGCACAAGAGGACGAAAGAAAUGCAGGAAGAGUACUAUCAGGAUGAUUUGAGAGCGGGUGCAUUCCAGUUUAUAGAAUCAAUGAAAAUUGACGAGCUACCGCUACCGUAUCAGAUCAAGAUCAUUAAUCGUGAGGUGGGCGUGAUCUGUUGGCGGUACCCUCAACCCCGCGCUUUGCAUCAAGUGAUCGUCUAUCCUGUUCCGAUGAACACCACAAAAUCCGUCAACAUUCAGUGCAAGCUGGAGCAAUACUCCGAGAUCAACGCCACGUUCGUGGAGCUUUGCCGGUUUACACUGUCUGAGAACGAGAAAACCUUCCUCAAGCUGCCUGAACGUAAGAGCGCAGCCGCUAUCUGGCGUAUCGUGAUGACACAGAAUGUAGUUUACGAUGAUAGUACACGAGAGAGAGGCGAUCGAGCAUCCAACGGUAGGAGUCAACGCCAGCGAUCAAACCGCGACGAUGACGACGAUGAUGCUGACGAUCAACCGCACGGUGGACGCGGUAGAUCGAAUCUGUUUACCACCCUAACAGAUGUGCUUACCGAUAGUACAUACCUGCCCGGUCACCGCGUGGUCAGCCUGCCGUACCGCUUGCACCCGAAAAUCUUCGUCGCUUGUAUGCGCGUGGACUCAAUGUUCAGUGCUGCACUGGUACCGAACGUGGACGCCACCAUCGAUCUCAGCCCCGUACAAAUCAAUCUAUUCAAUGUUAUCCACAAUGACAAGAAUCGUCGGCCGCUUCCGAAACCAUUCGAACGGUACCGGGUAUGCCAAGAUUUCGGGACGCACAAGUUUGCGAUGUUAAAUGCACGCCGGAUGCGUGGCCAAUGUUCGAUCUACGAUCCACUGGAGGUGUUUAUUGGGGUGGAACUAAAUCUGCAGUGUGAACUGCUGGAUUACCAUCAUUUCACGUUCGAGACGGUUCUAGAUGUGACCGGCCUUAAGGCAUACGGUUGGCUUGGUGAUAAUGCGCUACAGGUGAAGACAAUCUCCGAUGAUAUAGCCGUCCGGUAUGGCCCAUCCGUUGGUUACACCAUUUCUGUUGCACAAAGAUUGUGGCAUGAAAGUGACAAAACGGAGGAAGCGACGGGAAAACCGCUUACCCUCUACAGCAAGUACAUCGUGUGCAAUCGAACUCAGGUGGCCCUCAAAUUUGGACAGAUUGAUACUACGGAAUCAAUCUACCUUACUCCGAACGAGCUCUGUCAAUACGCAUUUCGUAGCUGCCGGCAUCCGCAGCAACUUCAGAUCUGCUUCACCGCAGGUGGUACGAAACCGAUCGUAACCGAACCAUUCGAUGUAUUGAUGGAGGGCUUGCAGCAAGUCGCUGUUCAGUCGUCGUACGAAGAGGACCUGGCGGACGAGCGAAUGCUGCUCGUUCGUGUGGAAACUCUAGCGAUGGGAAGUGGUAUACCAGGGACUGGUGCGCAGACCAGCAUCAUAAUCGAGGGACAGAUUAGUUUCUGCAAUAUGACCGCACAAAAGUUGCGGUUACAGUAUCGCUACUACAAAGUCAUCCCCAACAGUGAGCGAAACUAUACGACAACGAUCUUUCUGGUUGAACCGGGCGAUCAGAUGAAUCUAUUUUCGGCUGCCAACAAUCGGAACCAGCAGACCAUUAACAUUGCCAUCGACGGCGAAGGAAGUACGACAGGAAAGGUGGGCUGGUCUGGAGAUGUGCCAAUGCGCGAAAUCAUGAACGGUGGCGCCAUGCCGUAUCUGGUGAAGGUACCAACAACGUCGAGCCGUGAAGGCUACCUUAGCUACUGGGUACGGAUAGUACGGGAGAAGCUUGCCGAUAGCAGAGCUGCCAAUGCAGCUGCCGGAGAAGUUUUAGAACGUGUGUUAGUGAUCGUGUGGCCACUGUUCAUGGUCGAGUCAUUGCUUACAGUGAAUACUACGGCCUACGUGGAGAAGAUCGAACAGAGUUUCUCAAUCUACGGCCAAGGACAACGCCGGCAGCUAAACCUCGCCGGGACAUUCUCCGACGAACACGAGCUAUCGUUUCGGAUGAACUUCAACUCGCUGCAUGGCGAGGACAAACGGAAAGCAUUGCUCUCGUACCGGCUGAUCGAUGGUAAAUCGUUCUUCCAAGUUCCGGCCCGACUGCGCAGUGUCGAAGCAGCACUCGACGCACUAAAGGUAGCGCAACAGCUCUCCAGUGGGUGGCCUUGUUCGCGCGAGGAAGAGCAGCGCUGGCGUCGCGAAAAUUCGAUCCAAGAGGCCACGUUCCCGGUGUACCACUGUUCGCCAGCUUUUGAAAUGUCCUGCUGUCUUAUGCUUAGUAUAGCUCCGUGGGCACUGUUCAUCAACCAGCUCGGCUGUGAAGUUCGGCUGAAAAGCAACACCGUCAACCACGAUACGAACAUCAUUGCACCGAAUAGCAUCAUCAUGCCGGUUCAUCUGGGGAGUGGGUUCACGCUCGAGAUGAACGUUGGCGUAGGCCAAACGAUGCAAUCGGAAAUUAUUCUAAUCAACGGCACCGAAGCCCCAAAAAAAUCUUCCACGGGCGGGCAUGUCGUGCUGCCACUAGAGGGAAUGAUCGAGUUCAGCAUCCGGACGGAUAGUGGCAUCAUGAAUCUAGUCUUGAGCUCACUGACGGAGAACAAAAUGCGUGUGUUCAUCCUGGCCUCCCAAUUCGUGGUUACCAACUACUCGAGCAUCGAUCUGCACUGCUGGUCAUUCGCAUUGCCAUCCAACGAACGGCUCGAACAGUUCAAGAUGACCAACUACGGGCAGCCGCAUAGCUGCUGUUACAGUCUUCCAAAGAAUGAUCCAAAGGAUCUCAAUCCCAAGGGCAGCGUGAUAACGAUGCUGAGCAACGUUUCGCAGCGCAAAGCGAAACCCAAGCCCGGGGCUAAUUUUAACCACUACCUGACGGUGUACGAGCGACGUGAACAGGGUAGUGACUUUUCCGCUCCGAUCUACCUUAACAAACCGGUCUCACGGAAGUCGCUAAGCGUUCCGUGCACCACCGGUGGCCACACUUACUAUCAUCCACUGUCACUGUCGAUCGUGACGCACCAAGGCCAAUCGUACGUGUCCAUCUACGAUGAUCCGUGUCCGUCGUACGCGAUCGAGAAUCGGACGGAUUUCAACAUCUACGUCGCCCAAUCGGAUACGAUACAACCGAAUAAGGCAGCGAUGGCCGUGCCGGAGGUGAUGGAAUCCAACUUCACCUGGUAUCAGACGGUAAGUCCACGGCAGACCGUCCACUACACUCCACCGACCUUGGACGAACGGUUUCCGGAGCCACAGGAAGCGGAACUGGCGCUCAUCUUUGCCUGCGUCAGUGGCAGUGCCAUCCGGUGGUCGCAUCCAGUGCGAACGGACGAGAACAAGAGCAUCUUCCUCAACAUUCCACUGUACGGUGAGCUGAAGGUGGCCAUUCGGAUACGUAACCGUACGACGUUGCUGGUAAUUGAUUACAUCAGUCAGGAUUUGGAGUUUUCGGCCAAAGACAUACGCACGCGCCUAUCAAAUCCACUGCGCCCGGCGGAACCACAGUCGAUGGUAGACGAAGAAGGGACGAGCAGCGCUAAUGGUGUGCCGACGUUCCUAGAUGACACUAUGAAGCUGCCAGCAUCUGGCUCUGGUGCCCAACAUUCAACAGCGUUCACCCCAUCGGCCGUUGGCGAUCGAGCGGUUGAGGUGCAGAGCUACUUCCGAUCGCUCAUGAUCACACUGUUUAAUGAUCAACCGCAGAAACGAUGCCAGAAGCGUGACGUGAUAUCGUUCAACUUUGACCGCAUCGGUAUGCGCUUUGAACGACCAGGUUUAGGGGCACGCAUGACUGCCACCGAAGGAAGCCAAGUCGUACUGCACUGCAUUAAUGUGCAGGUGGACAAUGAGCUCCAUUCGGAUGGGGAGUACGACUUUCCGGUUGUAUUGUGCAGUGAGGAUCAUGAGACGAAGCAGCGCAAAGGAACACCGAUAGCCGAUCUACCGAAUCAUUACAGGUUGGAGGAUCAUCUGGAGCAAAUGGGUCGUACGGCACUCUGUACGCUCAACUGUGAUCUAGCUGUGGAUGAGGAGAACCAGCAGCAGUGGUGCAGUAUCGAAUCCGUUCGUCUGCAGAUUCAGCCCAUUCGAGCAUACAUCGAAGACACGUAUAUCAAUGUGCUGGUCGAUUAUUUGGUCGAAUGUAUACCGGCCAGUAUGGUGUAUGAAUCGGAAGCGUCAUCCAACGUCCGUAUCCGGUGUGAACCGGGUGAGGCACUGAUUCCGCGUGCCGUGAUGCAACAGUCCAGCUACCUGGCGGAACCGAUAAAGUUCCGAAGUAUUCGUAUUGAACCAUUGAGCGUACUGCUAUCGGUGCACGCCUGUAUGCGGCUAUAUAUUGCGCUCGAUCACAGCCCGCUUGAGUUCGCAGCGUUUGAGCGUCAGUCGGUACGCACGCUACCGAUCAAGUUCGGUAAUGCGGUCGGGAUGCACUACCUGUCCGGGGCCAUCUUUGGUGGUGGCUGGGUAAUUGGUUCGCUGGAGAUUCUGGGUAGCCCGAGUGGAUUGGCUCGCUCGGUGACGAGUGGUCUUCGCGAUUUCGUCUCACUCCCCGUCCAGGGACUGUUCCGCGGUCCAUGGGGAUUCCUGGUCGGUGUGACACAAGGAUCGGCCUCACUGAUCCGUAACAUUACCGCAGGCACGGUCAACUCGGUGACGAAGCUCGCUCAAUCGGUAUCGCGCAAUCUUGACCGGCUUACUCUCGAUACGGAGCAUGUACAGCGCACGGAUGCGCUACGACGGCGACGGCCACAAGGUAUGACCGAUGGCUUCACGCAGGGUCUUACCGGAUUGGGCAUCAGCUUGCUCGGUGCGGUCGGUGGUUUGGCGCAUCAUCCACUGCAGGCGACGAACCCGAUCGGGGUAGUAACGGGCAUGGGUAAGGGUAUUGUCGGUGCCUUCACCAAACCGAUCAGUGGUGCAGCCGAGUUAGUGGCUCUCACCGGCCAAGGCAUGCUGCAUAGUGUGGGAUACAAUACUUUACCGACGCCCCGGCUUACCUCCCAAUCGCUGCAACCUCCGGAACCGAUCUCCUAUAAGGCACUCUGGGAACCGGAUUUUGCCGGCGAAGGUAAGCUUCUAUUUACCGUUCAGGCAACACACCUGACCGAGGGUGAGUACCGGCUGGUACUGCUCGCCCUCUAUAGGUAUGCCCUUACCCUGUACGAUGUACACGAUUGUCAGAUGGUAGAGGUGCUCGACCUUAAGACACUAUGCUUCGAUACGGACGAGGAAAGCGAUGCAACGCGGCUAGUGAUCCGGGUACAGCCGAAGCUACCGCCACCGUCCACCUACGAUCAGUAUCCGAUCUCGAGCCGGACGUAUGAGUUUGUGCGCGACUCGACGAUGCAACUACCACAUAUUUCCGGCGCGACCCUACCGCUACAGUACUACCAGAAAGCCCAGAAGCCAUCGGCGAAAGGAACGACGCUGGCACCCGUGACUACGGCAACAGCAGCUGCAGGAUGGCCGCAGCCAACGGAAUUACCAUUGCUGACGAUGGCAGACGGUGCAGACGGUGGUAAGGUGGUAGGGCAAACCGCAGCUGAACAGCAAUCAUCGGUCGUGAUCGAGAUGGAAUCGGUCGAAGAUGGGGAUCCCGGAGAGGAUACGGUCGGUUUGGUGGCCGAUGAGACGAGAUCAUCAAGCGAUCUUGAUAGUGGAACGGCGCGAUCGCCUGAUCGAUUGUCCGAAGAGGAUGACAGUGAGCGGCGUCUGAUUGUGUUCUUGGAUGAGAACUGUGUCAAGUACCUGGUCACCUACGUGAAUCUACUGCAACGAGCGUUCGAAUGCCAGUCAAUGGAGAGCUGGAACGAUGCAGAAGAUUAAGGGUUAAGUGUAGAUGGAAGCCCAACAUUCCAAACCAAUCAGUAACUAUUCAAAUUAUGGGUUAAAAUAAAAUAUUUAAAACAUUUUAA